AUGAGAGCAUGUCUUUUAUGGACAAUUAACGACUUCCCUGCGUAUGCUAUGUUAUCUGGGUGGAGUACAAAGGAAAAAUUGGCUUGUCCAUGUUGUAAUGAUGAAACUUCUUUUAUAUAUCUGAAACAUAGCCACAAGACUGUUUAUAUGGAUCAUCGAAGGGUUUUACCCAUGAACCAUCCAUGGAGACAUAAUAAAAGAUCUUUCAAUGGGAAAACUGAACUUAGGUCUCCACCGCAGUUGUUAGAUGGAACAACUGUAUUUCAUAUAUUGCAAGGGGUAGAUAAUUCUUUUGGGAAGAAGCAAAGGAGAUCAAAGAAUGGCAUUUCAAAUUGGAAAAAGCGGUCAAUCUUUUUUGAUUUACCAUAUUGGAAGUUCAACAUGUUUAGACACAACCUUGAUGUUAUGCACAUAGAGAAGAAUAUAGUUGAUAGCAUAAUUGGAACUCUUUUGGAUAUUUCUGGAAAGUCAAAAGAUCAUGCAGCUGCGCGUUUUGACCUUAAAGACAUGGGUAUUAGGAAAAACCUUCAACCAAGAGAUACGAAUGAUGGUAAAAGAACUAAGUUAGCAAAGGCAUGCUUCUCAAUGACUGCAGCAGAGAAAACAAUCUUUUGUAGUGUGUUAAAAGGGGCAAAGUUACCAGACGGCAGCGCUUCCAAUAUCGCUCGAUGUGUGCAGCAAACAGAAAAGAAGAUUUCUGGUUACAAGACCCAUGAUGCUCAUUUCAUGUUACAUUACUUGUUGCAAGUACCGAUUAAGAGCAUACUUCCUGACCAUGUUGCCAUCGCUUUAGUUCGCUUAUGUUCAUUUUUUCACCGGAUAUGUCAGAAGGUAAUUAGCCUAGAUGAGGUAGUUAACUUAGAAGCAGAGAUUGCUAAGACAUUAUGCCAAUUGGAGAGGAUUUUUCCUCCAAGAUUUUUUGACAUAAUGGUGCACUUGCCUAUCCAUUUGGCAAAUGAAGUGAGGUUAGGUGGUCCAGUUCAAUAUCGUUGGAUGUACCAUGUUGAACGAUAUAUGUGCACACUAAAAUCGUAUGUUCGUAACAGAAGUCAUCCAGAAGGAUCCAUUGUCGAAGGAUAUUUGGCGAAUGAGUGUAUUAAUUUUUGCUCAAGUUAUUUGCAUGAAGAUAUCCAGACAAGAUUCAACAAAGUCCCUCGAAACAAUGAUGAGUAUGUUUCAGAUGAGCUGCGAACUCCGAGUUUGUUUCCAAGCAAAGGAUGUCCUUUGGGUAGAAAAAUGGGAGAUUUGUUCAUGUUAGAUGAAAAAUCAGAAAUACAAGGUCAUGCAUACAUCCUAAACAAUUGUGAUAAGAUCAAAGUCUACAUGAGAGAGCAUGAGGAGGCAGUAAAUGACAACAAUCCACGAAGAACAAAGUGGGAGAAAGCCAAAGACCAUAGUCAACAGUUCUCAGAAUGGUUUAAAACUCGUGCCAUGAAAAAGGAUGUGCCUGGUUGGGCAAAAGUGUUGGCUAGGGGUCCAAAUAGAGUUGCAAAAAGAUUUUCAGGUUAUGUUAUCAAUGGGUAUAGGUUCCAUACAAGGCACCGUGAUGUGAGACGUAAAACCCAAAAUAGUGGUGUCACAUUGGAGGCAUUGACUCCUAGUUUUGCUACUGUGAAAGAUAAGAACCCAAUUGAAGCAAAAGUAACCUACUAUGGUAGAAUAGUUGAUAUGUUUGAAUUAGAUUAUUAUGGCCAAUUUAAGAUAGUCCUGUUUAAGUGUGAGUGGUAUACAGUUGCAAAAGACAAUUUUGGUCUCUCAUAUGUGUAUUUCAGUAAAAAAUGCUAUCAAGAAGAACCAUUUGUCCUAGCAUCCCAAGUAAACCAAUGCUUUUAUGUGCAAGACCCAUAUGUGAGUGAUAAACACUAUGUUAUGAAAACAAUUCCAAGAGAUUUAUUUAGGAUAAGUGAUGACCUUGAGUCUGAUUCCCCCAUAAUAUAUGCAAGGGAGCCAUGUGAACCUAAAGUGAUUCCCAGUCUCCCAAAUGAUAAUGGCGAAGUUGAUCUAGUGAGGAAUGAUCUACGAGCAACUAUUAUAGAUGUGGCUCCAAAUAUGUUUGCCAAACAACGUGGUGAGGAAGAUGAUGAGGAAAGCGAAUACGAGUACAUAGAGGACUUUGAUUCUGAAACUUCUUGA